AUGAACAGUUGGUUGCCAAUUUAUAAUUUGGUUGUUCCAAAUCAGCAACGAAAUCAACAGCAAUCAAUAUUUUCAUUUGAUCUAAUAUCUGAAAGAAACAGCUUCUUAAACCCAAUAUAUGCAAAAUGGCUAAUAGAAGAACGAAAAUCAAAACCACCGGGAACUCUUAGUGCAAAAUGCAUACAGUAUUUCCUGGAUUUAUCAUCUUUACUUGCCGAUACUGAAAUUCUUGAUAUUGAAGGCAUUCAAUCUCAAGCUAUUGAUCCUACGAUAUAUAAGAAAAAGAAAUGGAUCAGGGAUUUGAAAACGAGAUUAAAACAAGAAAGAUUUAGUAACGGAGGUAAGGGGAAAGAACUAUCUGAUAAGGAGAUCGAAGAAGAAUUCAUAUUGGCAGCGAAAGAGCAAUCAAAACUUGAAAAAUCAUUGGUAUUUUCAUUUAAUCAUAUGAGAGUGUUUGGGAAGUGUUUCGCCGAGCAAUGGCAAGUUUCGGAUGGGGAGGAUAAAAAAUUAGAAGCACAAUGUACAAAGUUUCAACGACAAUUAUACCCUUGGAUCUCGGGUCGUUGGCCGAAAUUUUCAAGUUGGAAAGGUGAAAACCUUGAUUCUGGGAAACUCCCCAAAUAUGAUUCUGAUAAAUAUACUCAAGAAAAGGAAACAAAAUGUUUUAUCGAACAAUUACAGCGUAGAAGUAAUGGGAAAGGAAUUGUAAUUCCAUUAUAUCCGAAAUCCGCACAGAAUCCAAAUCAAAUCGAAAAUAUAAAUCGAUUAAUACAAGUUCUUAGAGGUAUCAGAAAUAAAUUACCAAUUCAAAUCAUGUAUAUAUCAGAUGAGGGAUUUAGUCAACAAGAUCGAAAUCGAUUAAUAGAAACUGCAAGAACAGGUAUUAGAUAUCUACCUAGAUUUAGAGAAGCGCAAAUGGAUGAUUAUCCAAAACAAGAUUUAUGGUUUGUUGAUUUACGUCAAGUUAAAAAUACAAAACAACAUCCAAUACUUGCAAAACAAUAUCUUUUUAAUAAUCCAAACUUCAUUCUUUCAUUAAGUAUGAUAUUUAAUUCUUUUGAAGAAGUAAUUGUAUUAUCACAAGAUUCGAUCCCAUUACUUGAUCCAAUUGAGUAUUUCGACGAUCAAAGAUAUAAAGAAACUGGAAUGUUAUUCUUUAGAUCUCCAAGUCAUUAUAGUGAUAGACCUAAGCGAUUUCAACCGGGUUUUCAUGAAGUAACAAACUUGAUUAGAUCGAAAUUAACUCCUUCUGAUUUUGAUACAAGAUAUUUCAAUAUACAUCCAAGAAAAGACGACACUGCAACCACAGGAAGAUUCUUUGAUGACAGUUUCCAAAAUAUCCUAGAUCCUUCAUUAAUCAUCAUCAAUAAAUCAAAAAACUUGAAUGGAUUAUUACUAUCUGCCAAUCUUCAACUUUACAACAUCCCUGCCAUAAGAUUAACCACCGAAACAAAUAAGCUCUCCCCUGAUUUCAUUUGGAUCGGUCAAGAACUUGCAGGCACAAAUGACCACAUAUCCUUCAACCACAAUUUCGCAGUCAGUGCUGGUCUCCUAACCCCCGAAUCCAAUCUCCCCAAAGACGUCACCCAAUCCCUGGAAAUCUGUUCAUCAUCAUGGGGACAACUCUCAGACGCCGAUGACGUCACAUUAAUAUCAAUGACUUCCCAUCAAUUACAAAAUUGGAUCUAUGACGAAGCCCCAUCAAAUCAUUUCCACACAUUAUUAAAAGAUAAAUAUAAAACAACAUUUGUCGAAAAUGUGAAAAACCCAUUCAACAAAAAUGAAGAUACCCAAAUGGACCUCGAAAAAGAAAAUAACGAAAUCUUUGACACCAAGAUUUCCCUAAAUCCAUUAAUGGUCGAAAAUAUUAUCCGACCACCUACAAUUGUCCUGCCGAUCUAUGUACAUGGAUAUGACGAGCCUAGUGAUGCAUGGGUCCAACAGCCCGAUUUUACGGCGUUGAUACAUCCGUAUUAUUGUACUUAUGAUGUGAUUGGAAAACCACCGAAGGAAGGUGCGAGAGGGAUGGUUAUUAAUGUGGGUGAGGAGAUGAGGGAGAGGUUGUAUUUUGUGUUUGAUUUGUGGUUGGAGGGGCCGGAGAUUGAGGAUUAG